AGGCAGAGUAUAAAAGGGGGGAGCAGAGGAGGAAGGGACUUGUUUUUGUUCAAGGAGUUGCAGGAACACAGGACUGAGCGGCGACAAAGAAACUUUUUAACCGAGGAUCGGGGCAGUGAGGAGGCACCGCAGGGAUGUGGGCGUGCCUCAGCCUGCUCAUCACUCUCUGCCUGCUCCAUGGGGGCGGUGCAGAGAGUGAUGGGGGAGGGCCUCGCUGUCAGCUGCCUCCAGCCUGGAAGAUAGGGGAGGUGGAGCCAAUGACUGGGGCCAUGGGUCAUGUGACUGUGGUGGCUCUUCUGCAGGCCAGCUGAUUGUUCUGCCUGGAGCAGGCUUCCAGAAUGGAUGGCCUGCGCCAGAAGCUGGAGAAUCAGGGUCUGAGGGACAUUGUCUACAUGGUUGUUAACCAGCAGGGGGAGCAAGCACAGCGCCUGCACACCUUGCUGGCACAGAAACUGUCAGAGAACAUCACACUCUACAAACAGGACGAGCAACAGCCUGAUGUCUGGCAGGCACUGAGCGGAGACAAAGAUGACUUCCUCAUUUACGACAGGUGCGGCCGUCUAACACACCAGAUCUCUCUUCCGUACUCCAUCAUCGGACUAGGCCACAUUGAGGGUGGAAUCAAAGACACCUACUGCAAGCGCAUUUGUGGGGACUGCACACAUGAGAGCACAGAGACCCCAGAGGAGUGCACAAGAACAGCAAAUGCACAGCCUGAUGCAGACGCCACCCCAGCUGUAGAGGAUGGGCAUGGUCACCACCAUGGACAUCACCACGGCCACGGUCACCAUGGGGAUAGUCAUGGUUUUCACCCCCGCGGCCAUGGUCACAACCAUCGCCAUCACCAUGGCGAUGGCCAGCAAGGUGUUAGACAUCAGGGGCAAGAGCAAGUUGGUGUAGAUCAUUUAGAUUUAGGCCAGAUGCAGCAAACAGUGCACAUGCACCAGAUGCCACAGGAUGCCCCUGGGGCCCCUGUGAGGCCUUGAGUGCCAGAGAAGGUUAGCUGAAAGUCAAAGCACAGCUGACAGUGGACAGCAGGCUCUGACAAUGAAGCCUCUCCUAAGGCCAGCUGAUGCUGACACUGACGCAGGCUGUUUGGCGAAGCAGGGAGUGAGCAGCCGGUCGCUCUGUGACACUGUGAUGAGGCGCUUCCCGCCUCCUGACAGUGACACGGGCUGAUGGGCGAUGCAGUCAUUAAUAUCAGGGAGAACUGACAGUGACGCUCACCUCCUGCUGACUGACAGCAGCCUCAGCCAACCCCAUGAGCCUGACCCGCAGGUGUGAGCUGAGGAUGAGAGCAGCUGUAAGCUGGCUCUGAUAUCAGCCUCAUACUAAUACCAGCUCGAAACAUCAGGGUCACGCGCUCUUUUUACCAACAAGUAUUACCCUGGGAGAGGGCAGGGCGAUCACUGACAGCAUGCAUGUGGGACAGAUGGUCAUGAGUCAAAAAUCAAAGUAAUAAAGACAAAAUACACACAUCAAGAAAAGCAUUCAUUGGCAGCUUGUUACAUCACUACAUUUUGCAACAGAAUAGCAAAUAAUUUGAUCAGGCCUUUAAGAGCAUAUGCUGUGUUUCACCUGUCUCCGCAUGUGUGUCAGUGGGUUGCUCUCAUCCUUUCUCAGGAGUGUAUGUGGUUGUCAUGUUCAUAAAUGGCCUCCUCCAUUUUGCUCUCUCCAUCCUUAAUGAAUCCAGGCACAGAAACUAUGCUCUAGUGGUGUCUGUAUGAAGUCAGGCAGGAGAAAGAGGAGAAGGUAGUUCAGGAACAUGAGAAACACUUUAAACAUUUUAAAGUUCAGGAUCAAAGGAUCGUUGAGGGAACAGAAAAAUACAUUUCAAAUAAUGCCAAAAACAUAUGACAUCAGAUUCUGUGAAUUAGGUUAUCACCAGAAAUCCUUGAAGAGGGCUGUAGUUAAGGCUACAGUUUUGCUAAAGGAAACGUGAAAGCACUGAGCCGUUACUGUGGAAAAAAAGUCCUAAAAAACAUUCAAAAGGAAGCAAAAAAAAAAAGCUUAUGCCAGUGAUGCGUUUGUCUGUAAUGCAUGCCAUUGAUCAUUGUUCUUGGGCACAUACUGUAUAAUGGCAGUAACUCAUGAAUGUCCUUUUUGUUUUGUUCCUAAAAGUGCUGUAUGUAACUUGGGAGAAAGUUCGUUGUUUAGUCUCAUUCCCAGGUUGUCAGAAACCAACGCUUUGGGUUUGUGGUUCAAUCUGACUACCAAUCUAAAAUGACAGUAUUUGACAACAUGAGAAUGACACUUAACAAAAAACUACUUUUCUACAGUUAAAAACAGCACCUUUAAAGUCUUCAAGCUUAAACAUAUAAUUGGAGUAUCUUUUACCACAAACAUGCACAUUUGAAAUGCUGAGUACUUCCCAUUUAUGUUCUUUUUCUGCAUUUCUAGAUUUUCUAUGUAGGUUGCAGACUGCACACAUUUACAAGGCUUGCUUAAAAAAUAAAAAUACAAGACUCUAUUGUUUAGAAAAGGGCAGAGGGAAAAUGAAUUAAAUAGAUGAAGGAAUACACUCUGUACUUAAUGACGGCUUCUGCGGGAAGAUCACAGUCACCCUGAAAACCUGAUGCUUGCACAGAGACCUGUAUUGUGUUAAGGCUGUAAAACAUGGAAACUGAGAGUUGAAUAAAGAUGGUAGAGUUA